CAUCCCUGAGGCUGUUUGUGCUCUGCUGUGAGACCAGACAACUACAACCCCAGAACUUGAAAGUGUCUUCCAACACUUGUAGUCUGCCACCGCAAAUAUGUACUGUGAGUUCGGGGCCUUAAAGGAAAAACUGGCUGCUUUGGAGACCAGGCAGAAGGACAAUGAAAACCAGAUCACGGCUCUUACAAGCAAAGAGAGAAAAACUGUGGUUUUUACUGCGGAGGUUGGUCCCAGAGGAGCGAUCGGACCUUUUGGCUCAGAGACGACCCUCGUCUACCAGAAAGUGAUCACAAAUGUUGGAAAUGCCUACAAUUCAUCCACCGGUGUCUUCACUGCACCGUAUGCUGGAGUUUAUUACUUCACCAUCUUCUACCAUGCUGGCGGACGGCCAGGCACACUGCUGUUCCUCUACAAGAACAAUGAUUGCGUCGUGCAGGCCCAGGGUCACCCAGCAGCCCACGAGAAGGCUCAUAACGGGGGAAACGCUGUGUUCCUGCAGCUGCUGGAGGACGACCGAGUCUACGUGCGCAUGGAUAAAAACUCACACGUGCACGGCUCUGGGUACCACACGACCUUCAGUGGCUUCCUGGUGGAGAUCAGAAUGCAGUCACUCCUGUGAUGCAGUGAAUCAUAUGGAAAUGAGUCCUCACUGUAAAGUGUCCUGAUCAAUGUCAGUGUCAUGUCACAAUAUUAUUUUUAUGUUGUUUUUUUCCUUUCAAAAUGAACCUGAUACUUUAUGACCUGAUUAAAUAGCCUCACAGAAAUGUGACAAUACA